ACCGUUCAUCGGUUCUCCAUAGAGACAAAAUCGGCCAUGACUUCAGUAUGUAUAGAUGGUGAUAACGAAUUUCUAAAUAUUAAUGAAUUUCUAAAUAUUAAUGGUGAUGGUGAUAACGAUGGCCGAGACGGCGACGGACCCGAACCACCACAGACGAGGAGGGCUCCGCUCCGGGAACAACAGACUCAGAUCCUCGACGGCGAACUCGAACUCGAACUCGAAUUCGAACAACCCCCGACUCAGAUCCUCGACGAUCUGUUGCCAGGCAACUCGGAUCUCGGACAGAGGAUUGAACAUGCGCUUCGAAAUUUAUGCAGUGUGCAAUAUGGGCCUUCGCUACUUCAAUUUGGACACUCAUAAAAAUGGACGGCCGGUUUUUCCUUAAAACUCAAACUUGCUUGUUAUCGGAAGGCUUCAGAAAAAAAGAACAUUGAGGUGGAUGGUCUUCCCGGUGUGUCAAUGUUCUUCGAUGAUUUGCCUGUGCGUAAACAAGGUCUUUGUGAGGAGAAAUAUGUUGGUAUGCUUCAAAUAGUAUCGAACACCAUAGAGAAAUGUCUACAAUUGUUCAAGGAAGCUUGUCUUUGUGGCUUCUUUCAGAAGGAAGGUUUGAUAUGUUCAGAUGUUGUACCUCAACACUCAGGCAUGCAAACGGAAGGUCUGAUAUGUUCAGAUGUUGUACCUCAACACUCGGGCAUGCAAAUGGAUGAUUUAAUUUCCCCUACACAAGGGCCCAGUGAAAUUGCUACUGAACAACCUACAACACAAGAACAUGAGAAUGAAAGCACAAAAAAUCAGUCUAACAAUGUUAAGGGUAAAAGAGAAAGAUCUUUGUUUGAGAUCAUUUCACGAAAUUGAAGUGUGAAUCUGGUAAAAGACCUAGGGCUUCGUGUAACUAUUGUGGUACAACUUAUGCAUGUGAUCCAAAAAUUUAUGGGACAACAUCAAUGCGAGCUCAUAUAGAAUCAAAGUGUAAGAAGUAUCCCCUAAGGCAAGAUGAAAAGCAAAGUACAGUAGGUUUUAAACCAAAAAAUGAAACUGGUGAUGGGGAAACAGUUGAUAAUCUUGUGGCUGUAAGUUUUAGUGUUGAUGCAUGUAGAAAGGCCCUAGCAAAGAUGAUAAUAAUAGAUGAAUUGCCAUUUAAAUUUGUGGAGGGUGAAGGAUUUAGGCAAUUUAUGCAUAUGGUGCAACCCAAGUGGUUAAAAAUCCCAUCUAAGAUUACCAUUGCCAAAGAAUGUAUGUCAAUAUUUGAGAGUGAGAAGAAGGCUUUGAAGAAUGCACUUAGAGGUCAACGACUAUGUCUUACAACAGACACUUGGACAUCCGUGCAAAACUUGAAUUAUAUGUGUCUCAAUGCACAUUUUAUUGAUUGUGAUUGGAAACUUCAUAAAAAAAUUCUGAACUUUUGUAUAGUUCCAAAUCACAAAGGCAACACACUUGGUAAGGUGAUUGAGGAUUGUUUGGUAGCAUGGGGAAUUGAUAAGUUUCUCACAAUCACGGUUGAUAAUGCAAGCUCAAAUAUUGGUCUCAUUAACCUUUUUGAAGCGAAAGACGAAGAGAAGAAAGAAUACCAUAUUAGAGCAUGACGUUUUACAUGUGAGGUGUUGUGCUCACAUAUUAAAUCUAAUUGUUUGCGAGGGAUUGAAAGAAAUUGAUGAUUCCAUAACAAGAAUUCGGCAUGUUAUAAAAUUUGUGAGAUCCUCUCCAUCUAGAAUGGCCAAGUUCAAAUUAUGUGUUGAAAAAGAAGGCAUUGAGUUUAAUGGUAAACCUUGUUUGGAUGUGGUUACCUGGUGAAACUCUACGUAUUUCAUGUUAGAACGGGCUAUACAAUUUCAAAAGGCUUUUGAGCGGUUAGAUGAUGAUGACACUCACUUCCGCUGGAAUCUUAGAGAGGAUGCAGUUGGUGAGGUUGGUGAGAUUGGUGAGGUUGAUGAGAUUGAUGAGGAGGGCGAAGUUGGUGACAUUGGUGAAGAGGAUGAAGUUGCUUUAAUUAAUAAUGGGAAAGGAAAAGAGAGAAGAAAGACAAUCGGGCCGCCUACAAAACAUGAUUGAAAGAAGGCGAGAUUGUAUGUCAAGUUCCUAAAAUUGUUUUACAAUGCCACAUUACGUUUUUCAGGUUCUUUAAAUGUCACUUGUAAUGCAUUUUUUAUUGAAAUUGUGUUGAUAAAAAAUGCAAUCAUUGAAUUGUGUAAGAAUGACGAUGUAAGCUUGCGUUUAAUAGCACAUGGCAUGAAUUCCAAGUUUGAUGAGUAUUGGGGUAAAUUUGACAAAGUUAAUUUGCUAUUGUUUGUUGCGAUUGUCAUUGAUCCCCGUUACAAACUCAAUUAUAUUCGAUGUUGUUUGGAAGAAAUUUAUGAAGCUAAGCAUGUUGAUGAUUUGAUGAUGAAACUAAAGAAUGAGUUGACACGAUUAUAUGAUUGGUAUGCUUUGAAUGUUCAAAGUGGUAGUGUGCAAACACAAACUAUGGGGGACUCAUCAAGGGCAAUGGAUUUGGAUGAAGAACAUGACAUGGAUGUUCGGGCAAAAAUAAAAUCCAAGUAUAAGAUGCAUUUGGAGAAACAAAGUAACAUGGUUAACAAAUUUGAGUUGGACAAGUUUUUGGUGGAUGA